CCAAGACUGGGUUUUAUGAAGCGAAGUAUAGGCAAGUCCAGCAGCCAGACCAAUCACGUCUAGUAACAAUGGCAUGCGGUCUUUGUUUUGGACCGCGGUCCUCAGCUAUUCAGUGGCACGAAGGAUAUCGAGGUAUUGAAUGAUAAUAAGUGACUAAACUCCUCGUACUUUUAGAGCUCUUCAAUGCUCGCAAAGCCAUGAGGGGGAUACAGCUUUUUAGUGUAUUUUCACCCGAGCAAGCCACAGACAGUGUUUUUGAAUCACUUAUAAUAUCCUCAGAUACCAUGCAUGCUCUUCCCACCAUCCGCUAUGUCGGGCGUUAUUGCCAACAGCAUUGUGCGCACGGCGGGUUCGUCGUCGACACUUAACUUCUCGGAUACUAAGAAGAGUAUCCUCAUACACGCCAGCUGUUCGCAUGACGGUCGAACUCGUCACAGCCGCGGCCUCCCGCCCCCAGAAUCACUGCAACAGCACGCCCCGUUCCUCGAGAAGCAGCACCCCUUGGUAUCGGAGCAGCAAGCGCCGCCGCGGUCCGAGAAGCAACACCCUCUCCUGCUGGAGAAGCAGCACCCCCCGCUGUCGCUGAAGCAGAAACCCGGCGUGUCCUUCAGGCUCUCCCACUGGCCCGGCGCCUCGGCCGACAUGGGAUCCAUCCUCGCGUACCCCUCGUCGUCGUCCUCCCGUGACGGCCUUGGCCGCGGCGUGAGCAGGCAUCCCUCGCCCGCGGCACCGCCCUUGCGCCCUCGGCUGCCCGCGAGAAGCUCGGCUGCGUCGUCGCCCUCCCCGAAGCUGCUGCAGGAGCCCCGCGAGCCGUCUGCGUCCCCCAGCUGGCGGACAGAGGGCCGGGACGUGGACGCGGAAGCGGUCGAGGACGUCUCGUACGGCGGUGGAGCAUCAUGGUGCAGGUCUCCCCACCGCUCCGGCUGGUGCUGCAGGUCACCGCCUCUUUAUAUACGGGGACGGACUGUCACUGGACGUCGUGCGCAAUCAGAUUGGGGACCUGUGCCGCCAACGCCGCACCUUUCUUUGACGGAUCCAUAAUUGCAACACUCCCCCUCUUUUUUUAAUAUGUAAAAACAUGCAAGAAAAUUGGUUCGCGGCAAGCGUCGGUUUACGAGAUGCAGAUCGCGGGGAAAUGGAGCCGGGCCCCCUUCCUUGGUGUGGAGAUGCCGGUCCGCUCCCCAAAAAAUAAGGCCGUAAAACGUACGUAAUGAGAUGCUCGUUAAGCGUUUUGAUCGAGUAAUGAAUGGAGUUCGUUUAUUCUCCUUUGGAGACGUGGAUUCGCGGGGAAAUGGGGGAUGGACAACGUCGGUCAACGCAUGUUUGAUAUUGCACUGUUGACGCUUGAUCAGCAAGCCAAGCUGGA